AUGUGUCAACUGAGACGUCGCCGGUGUGAGAAUAAUGACCGACCUACCUGUAUUGUCAGGACACCAGAUCUCGGGGAGGCCCAAUCCGUGUGGCAACAGGCGCUCGAUGACCGUGAUCUCUUUGCCAGUCGAGCCCGUCAAGCCCGCGAGUGCUUUGAGUUGUGGUCCCCGAUGAUCCGACAGGUCAUCGAGCAGCCUUUGGGGGUGGCUGAGCACAACCUUGCCACUUGGAUCUGGAGCAGCGAUGCUGACUCGGACGAGCGCUUCAAGCGUCUCAAUGUUGCUCGAGAGGUAUGGCUCUCCAGCUCCUCGGAUCCCAAGGUCAUCUGCCGGGCAACCAAAUGGGUGCAGAGCUUCAUUGCCACCCUUCAUGUUACGACCCCCGCGCCUACGUCACGUGGCCCCUACAAUUUUCACCAAUUACCGCAGGAUUACUUCUCCUAG